AUGAGACAAAAAGACAUCACUGGGCCUCAAAUUGCGUAUCGUUCUGAACACAUACCAUUUCCACUUCAUUUAUCCCCUGUGCCCUUUCUCAACCAUGGCGUCUUUGUUUUUAAAUGUCACUUGCCCCUACAGAACCCGUCUGGUCGCUGGCAAUUCAGCACAAUUGAUUGGGAAGCAUUCACGAACACGGGCUUCCCCAUGGACAGCAGUCAUGCCUGGGAGAAGACCCCAGAGUACACAGUCUCCCCUCGUUACAAAGUCAUCAUGGACCCACCCGGUUCUAUUCAGACGGCUCAUCGCAACGCCGAAGGCUGGCCAGAUAAAAUGGCUCUGGGAACUGUCCGCUUUCUACGAUGGAGCAUGGACUUGGUCACAGGGUACCAUCAUUCACGUCGACGCGACGUACACUCUCGCUUCCGAAUGACCGAACAAAAAUGGAUUACAAGAUUCAUUUUCCUGGAGAGCGUUGCGGGCGUUCCUGGGAUGGUAGCUGCUAUGCUGCGACACCUAAAGAGUUUAAGGAGGAUGAGGCGAGAUUAUGGAUGGUAUGUUGCGGCGAGCCCUUAUACGAACCUAUUUGAAACACUAUUCGAGGAUAUGUACCUAACUGUUCCGCUGCAACUGCAUAGGAUCGAGACCCUCCUAGAAGAGGCCUAUAAUGAAAGGAUGCACCUUUUAACCUUCCUCAAACUCUCCCAACCAGGGCCUGCCAUGCACUUCAUGGUCCUAGCAGCACAAUGCGUUUUCUUUACGGGAUUCUCGCUCGCCUACCUGAUUUCUCCCCGGAUAUGUCACCGGUUUGUUGGGUACCUGGAGGAAGAAGCUGUGAUCACCUAUACCAAAGCGAUCCAGGAGCUUGACCGGGGAAACCUACCCCUUUGGAGCAAUAUGGAGGCUCCAGCAAUGGCAAUCAAGUACUGGCAGAUGCCCGAGGGCCAACGAUCUAUUCGUUCUCUGUUGAUGUAUGUGCGCGCUGACGAGGCGAACCACCGGGAUGUGAAUCACACGCUUGGGAGUCUCAACCAGGAUAGUGAUCCCAACCCCUUCUCGGCCAAGUUCAAGAACGCGAUCAAGGAAGCCAGCCAGCCCUUGUCUCCCGUGAAGGAGUAUCGUUGA